ACUAAACGUAAUGAAACACAUAUCGGUUUUAAGUUCAAAAGACCACGAAAAUCCAUGUUCGGCUCCUGAACCUGGAAGUUCAAGUGGGAAUGUUGAAGUGCAAUCCCAAAAGCGAAAAGCUGGAAGGAAGAAGUUUCAAGAGACUCGACACCCUAUUUACAAAGGUGUAAGGAGGAGGAAUGAGAAGUGGGUGAGCGAGGUUCGAGAGCCAAACAAGAAGUCUCGAAUCUGGUUGGGGACAUUCUCCAGUCCAGUUAUGGCUGCUAAGGCUUAUGAUGCAGCGGCCUUGACUCUCAAGGGGGUUUCUGCUUCAUUAAACUUCCCCGACUCUGCCUAUGCAUUACCACGUGCUAAGUCAUCCUCCAUAAGGGAUAUUCAGUCUGCCGCUAUGCAGGCUGCAUCGGAGGGUUUUGGUGGUCAUGCCAAAGCAUCGUCUCCUUUGCCUUUGUUGUCAUCGUAUCCCCCGCCAUUGCCGUGCUCGGAGAGUUCCAAGAUUUUGUUUGUAGAUGAAGAAGAGGUGUUUAACAUGCCAGGGAUACUUGAUAGUAUGGCAGAAGGAUUGAUCUUAACUCCACCAGCUAUGCAAAAAGGGUACUACUAUUGGGAGGAUGAUUUAGAUGAUUUUGUGGAACUCAAUCUCUGGGGUGACUAACUUGUUCGAUAUUUGUACUAGUUUUCUCUCCCUUGCCUUUUUUUUUUUUUUCCUUUAAUGCAGAUAUGAACCAGUUAGAGCUUUGGAAAAUCCUCCAUGAAAAGCAGCCAAUCCAUAGUAUACUAGUACUAAAAGGCGCAAAAUUAGUCAAAAAGAUGGCUAAGAUUUGAAACUACUGUAGUGGGGGAUAAAUAUCAAACUUAUAAAUGGAAUAUGAUAAAUGAAUUUUAAUUCAAAAUAAUUCUAUAUAUGAAA